AAACAGGCUGUGGCUGGGGAGGAGGGGCGGGGGUAUUUGUUCCGCCGGGACUUUUCACGCCCCUUUAUUUCUUUAGGUGUGGUUAGGUCCGGACGCGGGGUCGUGGCAGCUGACUGGAGCCCACUCAAGAGUGAGAGGGCAAAGGAGCUCCCACGGCGAACUGUUGAAGUUGCGGAGAGGGUGCGAGACGGCAGUUUUCCCCUAUGCCGGCCAAAUGGUGCGGCCCUGAGCUGUUUCAGGACCCAGCCCGACGUGUCUGAGAGAGGCCCCGGCGCGGGCAGGGAGGCGGCCCGCAGAACGCGGGUUCUAUGAAGAGACGUGGAGAAAAUUCGACUCAGAGAAGAGGAAGCGCCCGAUUGAAAGGGAGUGAGGCCGCUGAGGGGGAGGGGGCUGCCAAGAUGGCGUCGGCCUCCUCGGGGCCGUCGACGGUCGGCUUUUCAUCCGUGGAUCCCAGCGCCCCUUCUGGCGCCUCUUCCUCAGGUUUCAACUUUCUGUGCUGUGGGGUCAACCGUAAGAGAGCAUCUGGAGUCAAGAGAUCCAUGGCAUCUGAGGUGGCUUCUUCCUCUGGCAUGCCCAUGAAGAAAAUAGGCCACCGAGGUGUUGAUUCCUCAGGAGAGACAACAUAUAAGAAGACAACCUCAUCUGCCUUGAAAGGUGCCAUCCAGUUAGGCAUUACUCACACUGUUGGAAGCCUGAGUACCAAACCAGAGCGUGAUGUCCUCAUGCAAGACUUCUAUGUGGUAGAGAGUAUCUUCUUUCCCAGUGAAGGGAGCAACUUGACCCCUGCUCAUCACUACAAUGACUUUCGCUUCAAAACCUAUGCACCUGUUGCCUUCCGUUAUUUUCGGGAGUUAUUUGGUAUCCGGCCUGAUGAUUACUUGUACUCCCUCUGCAGUGAGCCGCUGAUUGAACUCUGCAGCUCUGGGGCUAGUGGCUCCCUCUUCUAUGUGUCCAGUGACGAUGAAUUCAUCAUCAAAACAGUCCAGCAUAAAGAGGCAGAGUUCCUGCAGAAGCUGCUUCCAGGAUACUACAUGAACCUCAACCAGAACCCUCGCACUUUGCUGCCUAAAUUCUAUGGACUGUACUGUGUGCAGGCAGGUGGUAAGAACAUUCGAAUUGUGGUGAUGAACAAUCUCUUACCGCGGUCAGUCAAGAUGCACAUCAAAUAUGACCUCAAGGGCUCAACCUACAAACGGCGAGCUUCCCAAAAAGAGCGAGAGAAGCCUCUCCCCACCUUUAAAGACUUGGACUUCUUACAAGACAUUCCAGAUGGUCUAUUUUUGGAUGCUGAUAUGUACAAUGCUCUAUGUAAGACCCUACAGCGUGACUGUUUGGUGCUGCAGAGCUUCAAGAUAAUGGACUAUAGCCUCUUGAUGUCGAUCCAUAACAUAGAUCAUGCACAACGAGAGCCCUUAGGCAGUGAAGCCCAGUGCUCAGUUGACACUCGCAGACCAGCCCCCCAGAAGGCUCUCUAUUCCACAGCUAUGGAGUCUAUCCAGGGCGAGGCUCGGCGUGGUGGCACCAUGGAGACCGAUGACCAUAUGGGUGGCAUCCCUGCCCGCAAUAGUAAAGGGGAAAGGCUGCUGCUUUAUAUUGGGAUCAUUGACAUUCUGCAGUCUUACAGGUUUGUUAAGAAGUUGGAGCACUCUUGGAAAGCUCUGGUACAUGAUGGGGACACUGUGUCGGUGCAUCGGCCAGGCUUCUAUGCGGAACGGUUCCAGCGCUUCAUGUGCAACACUGUGUUCAAGAAGAUUCCCUUUCAACUCUCUUGGAAGAGCCUGAAGUUGCAGAGUCAGAGUUCACCCACUGAGCAAAAAACCUCAGAAGACCUAGAACAAGAUUCUGCCAGCUUGGUGAUCCCAAGAUACCAGCCCUUACCCCAGCAGUGCUGAGUGUCCUUCCUCGUGGUCGUCACAGAAGGAGCGUAAUGGAGGCUGGGGGCUCUCUGUCUCUUCCCCGAAGAAGAUCCUCUUCCUCCUCCCCCUCCUUCUGAAUGGGUGUUAGUGCCUCACACAGCUGAGGACAGCAGCUUCCUCCCCCCCUUCCGAGUUGAGUGGCACAAGUUUUCAACUGGCCAGCCUUGGCUUCCACAAUUGUUUUCAAGCCCCCAAUUCUUCCUUCUGGAAGUGGGGUUGCUGGACUUGGUGGUUUUCUUCCUCCUGAUCUACCCUUCACCAGGAGCUGGACUCUUAAUUUCCUCAGGACAGACUGCCUGGCAUAUUGUCUCCACCUUCACUCUUUCUCUGGAAGAAGACCCUUGUAAUCUUUGUAAGGUUUUGAAGGAGUAGUAGUGUUACACCAAUUCCCACCUUCCUUUUAUUUUUUCCUAAAAAAAAAAAAAAGGAAAAAAACUUGCACACAGCACACAAUUUCAAGCCAGUUUCAGAUCAGAACUCCAGGAGCGCUGGAGAGAUGCUGUUCAUGGGGUUCCCUCAGAAGAGCCCCCUGGUGUUUGAGAAAUGGAAGUGAGGGACUGCUUUGCCAGGAGCAGCUCCUCCUCUCUCGAUGAAUUUCUUAAGGCUGAAGGAAAGGAGAGAGUGGGACAUAGGGAUAAUCUUUACCCCUUUUGUUGAAACAGAAGGGCAGGCUGGAAGAUCAGAGCCCUUCCUAGAGGGGACCCUACUCACUGCCUGGCCAUCACAAUUAUUACUGUUUUGCAAUUUGAAAUGUAUUCUGCUUGUUUUUCUAAAUAUGAAGACUUAAACUAAUUUGGAUCCUUCUCAAAAGGAGGUUUCUUCCUCGCCCUUCCCACCUUUUCCAACAGAGUUCUGCUGUUUGUGGAGUUGAAGUGGAAAGGGGACACCGUUGUCCCUUUAACAGGCAGUCUAUCUAUAAGGCUAGAGAAUAUUGUUAGACUCGCGGGGGAGCCAGCAGAUUCUGACCUAGGUGAGGUCAUUGCUGUGCCACGUGCUUUGCACCUUCUCAUACAGCGAAUGCGCAUAUGGGGACUGUUAAUCCCUCUGUUCCGUCUCCAAGAGUUGUGGCCCCCCAUCUGAUCCUCCUGCUCCUGCCUGGGGAAGAGGCGGCCUGGCAUCUCAGGCGGACUGUGGAGUCCUCGCCCCCAUCUCCAUCUUGCCCGUCCCCCAAGUAACUGUCUAUAUUAGACACCCCCCAGCCAGUUUCUGGCUGCCUGUCUUUGCUGCCAUGUUCUUUUUUACAAGAAGGAAAGAAACAAUUCUUGCUAUUUUUUUUUCAUAACUUACUAUUUAUGAUGUAUUUAAGUGUUUUAUUCAGGACCGAGUUCUGUAGGGGGUGGGAGGGAAUAUUUGAGGGAGGCUGAGUCUUAGGGAAGGGAAUGGGGAAUCAACAUUUUUAUGAAGUGUCAUUAUUUGCCUCUACUUUGUAUUGUUCAGAAAUGGCAAAUGCAGUAUAAAAGUGAUAAAUAUCUGGUUUUAAUGUAUUAAAUUUCCAUCAGUUAUUUAGA